AUGUCGCCAAGGUUAAGCGCAACCGUGGGCCGCAACCGCAGGUCCGGCUCAUCUGCCACCCUUUCUUCGGCGACAUCAUCAGCAACAAACAGCUCGCUGCCAUCGACCCUCAUUUAUACACCCGGCACCUCACGCAUAUCUUCCAACACCAACCAGCUGGCGCCUGUGCCCGCCUCUCUCGGCCCACAGCCUGUCACCUCGCUGAGUGUCACAUCGUGGAGAACUCCAUGCCCCGUGAUUGGCCAGUUCGCAGCCGCAGACAAAGGCAUUGUUGCAGCGAGCUCUGACGGUCUCAUCUGCUUCAAGCGGACCGAGCCCCAGUCAUUUCCCAGUACGCCAGCCGCGAUACUGGACAACUCCUCCGUAUCUGGCCUAGCGAUCUUCUCUGACAGACAAGGCAAAUUUGUGAACGUAUACUGCGUGUCGCGCGGUAUACUGCACUCCUUCUAUCGCCCAGAGCAGGAUGAUACGUCUCACUCCUUUUCGGUUGAUCCCGCCCCACCACUGCAAAAUCACAUGGUUAGCGGCACGCCGGCCGUUGCGAAGGCCUACACCUCUCAUCGCGAGUCAGAUCACUGGUGUCUGAUCGUUCCAUGUCAAUCUGGCGGUCUGCUAUACACCUGGACAAAGAGCCGUUCAUCGCAAGUUUCGUCAUACGGUCAUACUAAUCGAGUACCACAUCAGGCCUGGGACCCCGUAGAGCAUGUUGCAAACGAUCUGGGCAUUAUCUCAGCAGUCUCUGUCAUAGAGACAUACACCGAGAGGGUCAUCUACCGCGGGGGUAAGGACACAGCCUUCGUGGCAGUCUUGAUUGCGAGCGGCCGUCUGCACACCAUCGAGGGACCUUCCGUGGAGGAAUCAACUGGAAAUAUCUACGGCCCCAGCCGAAAAACGAAAUGGCAGGUCAAGACUUCCACCAGAAUCCACCAUCCAGGCGAGGUGACCGGCAACCCUAAACUCAUCAGCAACGCAAAGCGGCAGCUGGAUGUCCUUGUGCCUUCGGCAGAAGGGGGUAUAUUCUACUUCGUACGGACACCAUCUAGCCUGAACGAGUGGCAUAUGAUCGGCCGCAUCCAAUUUCCCCGGAGCAUGCCACUGGCGACAUGUCUAUCAUUCGCCCGUGAGAGCGGCCGUCCUGACUACGACGUCGUCAAACUCCGUGCUUUCGUCCAGAGUGGAGGCCAACUCUUCCAAAUCCUCACGAACGAAGGUGGAGCCCCUUGGUUGGGCUCCAGUCUCAAGCCAAUUCUUGGCCCUGGUCCAUUCCUCGAUUGA